GGAGCAUAAAUUGGGUGUGCUCUAAUUUCUCUUGGACAGUCGACGUAUUAUGAAUACAACAGCAUCAUUUUCUUCAGAACCUUCAUGGAGUCGACGCUGCUCAACGGAGACCAUAUUCAGCAUCCAGGGAAAAGAAACUGAUAUGAUUGUUGGAUGCCCUGGCGGUCAGCUGGUGCAGUCAGGGCCUGGGUGUGGAUUGGACUGAAGAUUGGAAUGAUCACGACAGAAAUACGCUUCUCAUAAUCAUCAUUAAUCAAUAAUCAUGCUUCAUUUGGUUAUACAUAAAAUUUUCCUUUUAUAAUUUUUUGUUUCUUUAUUUAUUAAGGAAAAUUAUAUGUAGCCUGUCUGCUUGUCAUUUAAUGUAAUACAUAAGAAUUUUCUUAUUUCUUUGUUGUCACAUACUGAUUGUAAUUUUUUAUUGUCGUUCUUGACUAUACCUAGUUUAGAAUUUCGUCUAGUAGUAAGUAAUUUAAUUUAGUGAUAAAAUAUGCGUUAUUUUUUUGUAUUGUUUUGUGUGUUAAUUGUGCAUGUUUUAGAUUAAUCUUUAGUAUAGUUAAGCUGAUUUAGAUGCAAAAAAAGUGAAAAAAAAUAAUUAUAAAAGAUAAAAUAUUACUUAAAAAAUUAUGGAAUGUUGAAAAAAUACAAAAAGUUAACUGUGAAUGCUCUUGAUAAGUCAGUACAAUUUAUUUAAAGAAAUGGUAAAAAAGUAAAAAAAAAAACGAUAGAACAUUCAACGAAAAAAAUAUGAGGUGUUAAUUCAAAAAAGUAAAAGAUUACCAAAAAAAAAAUUGAAAUAAUCUGAUGGGACGUUCGCAAAAAAAUAUACAUAGUUUGAAAAAAAAUAAGACAAGAGAAACAAAAAAAAACAUAUUAAAAAAAUUGAAUUGAUAAGUUCAUCGGGUCAUAAGUCAGAACUCAGAAUACAGCUGCUGAACAAGAUUGCCUCUACAAAGGGAACAAUGACAGACAGAGUUCGCCUUGACAUGUUGUUGAAAGUUGUGGUGUUUGUAGAUUUUGUCCGCGACACGAGUGACACAGAAUGGUUCGACAGCGAUGACGACGCGGGCGUGGAGUAUGAGCCAGCCUCGGAGCCCGACGACGACGGGCCGCUUGCCGGGGACUCUUCUGGCCACAGCGAUAACGAAAUAAUAGCGACGCGAGUGAUAGAAGUCUCCGUUGGCGAUGACGGGGAACUCCAGCUUGCAGACUCCGAGCUCACCGCAUCGAGCAGUGACAGUGAGAUGGAUCUACACGACUACUGGCUGUGCGCACAUUGCCGCGCGCAGAACAACAACCCCAUGUACCGAUACUGCGAGAAAUGCUUCAAGGAACGUAAAAACUUCUUCCCACCGAGACCGAAGCGAAAGCGUAAACGCAAACUCAGCACGACAAUCGAACCUGAAUCCCUCCCGCGUACCCUCUCGCAGGAUUCCGGAGUGGAGUCCGUGGCCAACAGCCAAGAGUUGAGCCAACAAGAUUUGGGACAUAGCUCCCAAAGUUCAGUUACAGACAGUGUUUUAACCAAAUCUUUCAAAACGUCUACCCCAGGCAAUAGUCUAAUUAAAACACAUUUGAAGCGCCGAACCGAAUCAGCCGGUAGAUACGCUAAAAAGUUUAAAACCGAUCAUACCGAUUCCGAAAGCGAUACCGAUUCAGAUACGUCUGAAUCGUCUAAUUCAAAAUGCAAUGCAAAAGUUAACGCGAUAUCUGAAACAAGCUGCAAUAUUAAAACCGAAAUUUCAGUAGGUAGUUUAGUAGGUAUUAAAACAGUGAGUGAUUCAGAAAUGAAUAUCGAUAGGACUACAUUGAUGUUGAAAAACAAUAUUGAAGUGAGGCCAGUCGCUAAAAUGGUCAGCGAUUCCGAAUCCAAUAUCGAUAGAAGUAAAUCGAUUUUAAAUAACGACGCGCAAGUCAUGCCACUCGUCAAAAUGAUUAGUGAUCCCGCGUUAACUAUUGAGAAUACGGACGUAAAAUUAACAAAAAAAGUUAUUGUUAAUACGAUAAAAGAAAAGUUAGAUAUUGAAUCCAAGGAUUUGUGUAUCGUUUGUUUGGAGGAGCCGAAAUCGGGUGUUUUCGUACACGGUCGGAUAGCGCAUAUUUGUUGUUGUUAUAAAUGUGCUGUCAAAGUGUGGUCUAAAGCGAAACGGUGUCCCGUGUGUAACAGCAAAGUUAGUAACGUUUUAAAAGCGGUUGUCAUGUAGGUAGAAAUUAAUAAAAAAAACCUACAACACGGCCGUGGGAUCUUGGGAUUAUUUAGAAUCAAGGAGAUUUAAAUACAAGUUAACAUUAAUUUUCAUAAUAUUUAAAAAAUACAUUUUUUUUUCUAAAUAUGCGAAUAUGAUUUCGAAAACGCAUAAGCAUAUUAUCUAGUUGCAUACAUAGGUAGCUUUGUAUUUUUUGCAUAACAAAGCAAAUUUAAAAAAUCUUGUAUUAAAUUUUAGUCAGCAAUGUCUAUUUAUUAAUUAGCUCUAUUUCUCAAGAUCCCUUUGAAAAAAAAUCGAAUUAUUUUGUUUUCUUUUAUAGGAUAAAGUAAAAAAUUUCUAAAUGUGUGUAAAAUAUUUAACUAGGGCUACAAGUUUAUUUUAUAUUUGAAAGUCUGUGAUCUUAAGCCGUUAAAUAGGGUUAGUAAGAAACAGAUUUUAAUAAAAAAUCCGUUAGAUAGGAUUUAAUGUGUGCCCAAACAAAAUCCGUUACAUAGGAUUAAUUUUUUUGUGAUUUUUUUUUUAAACGCAUUUAUUAUAAUAUAAAAUAUUAAU